AUGGCUUCUUUUGCUUUCUCGGUUUUACCAAAUAUUCAUUUGAUCCACAGAAAACCCAUCUCGUUAAAUUUGCUUUUAACCCCAUUCUCAGUCACUUUUCCAUUGAAUAGCUCUCACUUGUGCAUCUGUUGCGCAAUCAAGACUGGUUCGAAUGACGGUGUGGUUCGGAGCGGGCAGGAUUCGCAGUCUUAUGCUUCGGAUAUGUUGAGGAAGCCAGUCGUCUCGCCGCCGUUUGAUGGAGGUGACGGUGAUGGAGAGUCGGCGAAGGACGAUUCGGAUUAUGAAACUGAGAAGAAAAGUGGCGAUGGUGACACGUGGGUGGAUUGGGAAGACCAGAUUUUGGAGGACACUGUGCCUCUUGUAGGCUUUGUGAGGAUGAUUCUUCAUUCUGGAAAAUAUGAAAGUGGUGAUAAGUUAAGUCCUGAACACGAGAGAACAAUUCUAGAAAGAUUGCUUCCUUAUCAUCCAGAGUCUGAAAAGAAGAUUGGAUGUGGAGUUGAUUAUAUUACGAUUGGCUACCAUCCUAAUUUUGAAAGUUCACGAUGUUUAUUCAUAGUUCGGAAGGAUGGAGAAUUGGUUGACUUCUCAUAUUGGAAAUGCAUAAAGGGUUUGAUCCGAAAAAAUUAUCCUCUGUAUGCAGACAGCUUCAUACUUAGGCAUUUUCGGAGGCGUAGACACCAUGAUUGA